AUGACUGCUAUGACCGAUAUCCUUGCUGCUGCUGCUAUCAAAGAGGCUGUGGAGGAAUUUACAGCUGCUGAUUCUUUUAACUACAAGAAAUUCUUUGAAUUGCUCGGCCUAAAGAACAAGAGUAAAGCUGUCCUGAAAAAGGUUUACAACAUUCUGGAUACAGACCAGAGUGGAUUUCUUAAGGAGGUUGAGCUCGGUCAUAUGAUGAAAGGAUUCUCCCCUGAAGGAAGAUCUCUUACUGAAAAGGAAAUAAAGGAUAUGCUAGCCGAUGGUGACAAAAAUGGAGAAGGAAAAAUUAGUCUUGAUGAGUUCAUAACCAUGGUGUCUGAAUCCUAAGUCACUGAAGCUCUGUUGUUAUUUGUGCACAGCGUUCACCUUCCUUAAAAGCCAAAUUAUUUAUUGCUCCUGUUUUAUACUCCACCUCUGGUCCCUGCCUCCGGGAACAAAUCAUAACAAAAUGCAAUAAAGGG